CACUCCUUCGCCAAUCCCCAAUACACUCGCUUCAGAAAAUUUAAUCUCGCUCGUUAUCACCGCUAGGGCAAGCCCAGGCGCACUCUAUACCCAAGCGUAGCCAGACACACCAUCAGCAUGCAGAUGCACAUGGGGCUUGUUGCGGCCAUCGCGAUCGCCGCGGCUCGCGCUGCGGUGCACAAGAUCGACGUGGGCAAGGGCGGGAGGACGUACACGCCCGACGUCGUCAAGGCGGAGAAGGGGGACGUGCUCGAGUUCAGGUUCGUGGGAGGCAUCCACGACGCCGUGACCGGCGACAUGAGCCGUCCCUGCCAGCCGGCGGCAAGGAAGGACGGUGCUUUCUCCUCGGGCGUCUUCAAGGGCUCGCCUAGCACAUCCGAGGUCUUCAAGGUGACGGUCGACUCGAAGGACCCCAUGAUGGUGUACUGCUCGGUGGGCAUGCACUGCAGCGACGGUAUGGUCAUGGUCAUCAACCCCACCGCAGACUCGUCGCUCGAUGCUUUCAAGGCGGCAGCAAAGGGAAAAGAUGGCAAGUCGCCCGGCGGUGCGUUUGGUGGCCAACUUGGUUCGCCGUCGGUCUGAGGAAAUAGUAGACUUUAUGGCUGGAAGAAGCGGUUAGCUGCGUGCCGGUUCCGGCUCAAUAGAGGCAAUUCCGCAUGAGAGACGACAGGUACAGUAGCUCAAUUUUAACCACCUGCCAGCUUGGUGAGUCCGUCUAAAUGGGCUGGUAUCCAACCAAGAGUGGCACGACAACUUCAGC